ACACGUUAUGGCCGUUAACAUGUAUGGUCCGAUGCAAAACCAUCCGCCACCCAACCCGAACCCGAUUGAUCUGAUGGCCAUCAAGGACAUCUAUCCGGGGAUGAAAAAUAUCAAUGUUAUCUUCAUCAUACUCGAGAUUGGGCCCGUCACACUGACGAAGGAAAAUCGGGAAGUACGCACCUUUAAGGUGGCCGACCAGAGUGCCGCCAUCAACGUGUCGAUUUGGGACGAACCGGGCAAACAACUAUUGCCGGGCGAUAUUGUGCGUCUGACGAAAGGAUAUGCAAACGUUUGGCGCCAAUCGCUUACACUGUACUCGGGUAAAAAUGGCGAGAUUGUACGAUUGGGCGAUUUCUGCUACACCUUCAACGAGAUGGUGAACAUGAGCGAACCGAACCCCAAUCUGAGCGCAUCCAUACCCCAGCCUGUCCUUAACAAUGGUUCGGGUGGUGGACCUAACGGUGGCAACAGCAACAAUGGCACUGGAAAAACGAUGGGCACUCCCAAACCGGGACCUAACAAUAACCCGCUACUUGCCGCUAGUGGACCACAGCAACCGAAACCACAUGCCGCCACGACACGCUACUCGGUAGCGGCGGCAGCAGCAGCGGCAGCCGCCACACCACCCAACAUCAUGAAACCGACGCAGAAAAACUCCCCCCGAACUGGUCGUAACAGUCAAGCGAAAAGUACCGCAGUGAAAGGUGACCGUAGAUAACAGUUAGCGGAUGCGCUUGGUACAGCAGCGGCCCCGACAACCGUUAGCGAUAGUUUUAUUUUACCGUCUAGCAAUGUA